CCGGCCAGCGCUGGGGCGAGGUCCCAACGGGGCGAGCGACACCCCAGCAGCGGCGCGCCACCGCCGCUGGGCGUCCCAUGGCGGCGCGCGACGGCGGCCCCCCACCGGGCGAGCGGGGCGGCGCCCAUGCCGUGGCGGGAGCGCCGAGAUCGAGGCCGAGCUGGCUCCGCCCCAGGCCCACGCCGCGGCGGCGGCGGCCGAGGCAGGCGGGCGCGCGGUGCAGGCGCAGCCUGUCGUGAAGGUGCCGACGCUCAAGUUCCGGGUCGUGAAGGGGUCGCUGGUCGCCGGCAGGACGAUUGGGAGCCUGUGCGUGAACGCCGAGUACGGGAUCGAGAUCGUGAAGAUGCGGAAGGUAAGACCGGGCGUUUGGAUCGAUUUCCCAUCCGCGCGGGACUCUAUCGACGUGGGAGACCUCUUGUUUGUGAUCAUCGAUCGGGAUGA